AGGAAAAAAACAACACCAUUCCUAUUAUAUAACUACAUGUGUAAUAAAUACUGUUGGAUAGGGGACAGGUGAAGGAAUGUUGUAAAGUUAUAGUUUUUCAUGUGAUUUGUGGUGUGCUCAUGUCUGACUCUCAUCACCUCCUAGCACAUAUAAGAUUAUAUUGUGACAAUUCACACCAGUCUGCUCACACUACAUGUACCGAUUUCCUAGAUGCAGGAUGCAAAUGAUCCCGUAUCAGAUUGUUCUGACGUUUUAUGCGUGGGAGGAUCAUACCUCUGCUGCUUAUGUGACGAAGCACUCGAUAUAUAUUUUUUUUUUACAGAAAAGGUUUUUCUCCAGAAAGGAAGAAGUCAAGUUUCGUUUUGAGUUAGUACAGCUACAGAAGUGAAAGCCCACAAACCAACGGAAAGUCAUGGCAGUCCAGCAGCAGAUUACCACAGUUGUGCACACAGCACAGGGUUCAGGCACCUGGACCACAGGCAUCUGUGACUGUUGCUCUGACAUGAGCACUUGUUGUUGUGCUCUCUGGUGUUUCCCAUGUAUGCAGUGUCAGACUGCUUCUCAGUUUGGCUGGUGUUUCUGCAUGCCCCUUCUGGACUGCUGUCUGACCGUCUCCUGCUGCCUUCGCAGCAAAAUAAGAGAGCGCUACAACAUUCAUGGCUCAUGCUGUGAUGACUGCUGUACAGUGUGUUUCUGCUACACCUGUGCCUGGUGCCAAAUGUCACGUGAAAUUAAGAUUCGUGCUCGAGCUGGCACUGGUACCACCAUAGUCACUCAGCAGGUUAUGGGCUAGCUGAUCCUUUGCUGUUGGACACCCUGGACUGGGGAUCCAACCCAUCGCAGGGCACAAUCAUACACACAUUAUGGACAUUUCGAAUAUAAUAAUUUCAGUGCAUAUUAUUCACCUUUAUUUUUGAUUGAAGUUCUGAUCACACAGUAACAAAAGGAAUUAUACAUAUAUAUUUUAAUUAUAA